AGUCAAAUUUUAAAAGUGCACUCUUUUAACCAAAUUCAAAGAUGACUACCAAAUUAUGUGCUCCAAACUAGAAUCCGUUACGGGAAGGAGAACUGCACAGGAACACAUCAAAACAUUAGGCUACCGGUUCGUGGCCCGUCUUGGAGAAGGAACUUUCUCCAAGGUCUACCUCGUCGAGUAUUCUGACGAAAACUCGAAUGUAAUCGAAAAGUUGGCCUGCAAAUUAAUAGACACGGCCACCUGUAGCGCUAAGUUCAGGCGAAAGUUUUUACCGCGAGAGCUGGUUGUUCUGUUGAGAGUAAAGCAUCCACACAUUGUCAGAACCCAAAGGAUUGUGAAAUGUCAUUCGAAGAUAUUUAUUUUUAUGCGGUACGCUGAAUUGGGUGAUCUGUUGACGUUCAUACUGGCUCAUGGUCCAAUAGGGGAAAACCAAUCCCGUAUCUGGUCCCGUCAGGUAGCACUGGCGUUGCAGUAUUUGCAUGAAAGUGGUUUGGCCCACCGGGAUUUGAAGUGUGAGAAUAUUCUCAUAACGACUAAUUUCAACGUGAAACUUAGUGAUUUUGGAUUUUCGCGGUACGUCAUGAGAGACGGAAUGGUUGAGCUGAGCAGCACCUAUUGCGGCUCGUUUGAUUAUGCGGCUCCGGAGAUAUUGAAAGGUCAGCCAUACGAUGCGAAGGCUUCCGAUAUGUGGGCUUUUGGAGUGCUGCUGUACGUAAUGUUGAACAAGUCGAUGCCAUUCAAGGGACGCACUAAAGUGGUUUACGAGCAGCAAAUGGGCAGAAAGUGGAAGUUUCGAUCUAGGGUCCGGGAAAGCCUCUCCUCUCAAGUGAAAUCAGUUGUGAGUAAUCUACUGGAACCGAACGCCAUCAUUCGAUGGACGGUACAAGAGGCACUGAUCGCAGAUUGGUUUAUGGAUGUGUCCAAACUACGGGUGUUGAAAACGGAUGAAUUUGUUGCUCUAGCAGCUGCUCGCUCAUCCAAAAUGGAUUCAAGUGAAACGCUUCGAAUACGAUCGAAACUCAAAGUAUCCGCCAGUGGGGUUAUUACGACUAUCAAAGAAAUAGAAGCAGCAGCGGAACAGUUCGAAUCAAAUUCGUCCGUGAAGACAUCUACAAUACACCUUUUACAGGACGCGCCGAGUGAUCCGCGUGGGGCGGAAGAACUAGAUCAGGAUGACCAGUCGGCUAAGCUUCAGUGAAACGAUGAAACGGUGGAAAAUAAAACUUUAUUGGCACAGUAACGUGUAGAAAACUUUUGCAUUCAGAAAUACUUCAAUAUAGUAGUGAUAACUAGUGUUGUAUGAAUCUCCCCAGCAUGGUGCAGUUGGUACCAAAAGUGACUGGUCCGACAGUUUUCAAUUUUCUAUAUUCCCUAGUUGUUUUAGGACACUUUUACUGAUACUAAACUCGACAAAAACAUGUAUUUGCAAGAAAACGUAAACUGCAAGCACAUACUAUUAUCCCAAUAAUUUUCGUUCGAAUGACAUUCCAUGAAACUAACUCACGAGCCGGAAAGUUCGAGUCAGACAUUCUCAUUAUAAUCACACUUGAGUAUCAUCAUUUCGCUGGUAAUGAGCAGAUGCCGGUGAAUUUGAGGAUGGUACAUCCAGCAACGGCUUGUUUUAUUGAAAUAGCACCUGAACCGGCACCGAAACCAAACCAAAAAGCACUGGAAAACUGGACAGGAUUCAAUGUUGUGAUGCAUAACGGCACCAAGGCCAAAGAUGUGACGAUUCUAACGGAGUCGUUGAACCAGUUUCUGAACCACUCGUGCAGCGAUGGGCGUAUCGUACGUACGGACGGGGGUAUGUGCAGAAGGUGGAAUGUACAAGUACAUGUUCCUCAACUGUUAAUAUAACACCCAUUCCGAGGAUUGAGGAUUAUGGAGUGAAACGAAAGCGAGCAUCGCAUCGAUAGCGGUUGGGGCUGUAAGGAGCGAAAAAAAAAAACAUUUCACUACCGAUGCUGGCAUGUUUUAUACGCAGAGGAGUGACUAUCGGCUAUUGCAGCCCCCAUAGAAAACCGGUUCAGA